GUAAACUCACCGAAUUAGACUGAUAAACUCAUCCAUCACCGUUGCCGCGGUGACGGUAUCCAACUACGUGCAGUAUCCUGGCAACAGUGGCCAAACAAAAGGGCUGCUUUGCCUCGCAGGGAUGAAGAAGAUGAAGCGACCGGACAGCAAACUUAACGAAACAGAGGUGAAGCAAAAUGGCGACUCAGGUGGUCAUCUCUCUGUGUUUACCAAUGUUCACACCGCGGCAGGAAGUCCCGAGAAAAGACUUCUGUCCGCCUUUAAGAAAGACACAAACCCCGGGAAGGCUUACCUGGCAGGGAGAGAGUAUUACAGCGAGGAUGGAAAGACCUUUGAACUGCGUCUUGUUAGAAGAAUAAAGCAACAGCUAAGCGUUGAUCCCACCACUCGCCCGGAGUAUCCGUCUCCCCUCGGCCUAACAGAGUUCACCAGGCGAGCCACAGAGGUUGCUUUAGGGAAAAGCUCUCGGGCUAUAGUGGAAGAACGGUGUCCCCUUUCUCUCCCAGUGACGGUGUGGUUCGCCGUGUCACUUAGUAUGGUUAAAGAGUUCUCCAAGUCGGGGUUCAGCGUGUUCGUUGCGCCACUUUGGUCCCAGAGCUUGUGGAUUUGGAACGGUUGGGUGUGUGAGACUUCUGGGGAGGACAUCGAGGUCCAAAAUUGA